CAGGAUUCUUAUGAUCGACUUUUUUAACUAUCAGAGAUUAAAAUCAGUUACAUUGCUAAUCUUCACGCGCUUGGAUCUAAUUAUGCGCUCCAAUGUAGUGUGUGUGAGGUUAUCGGUUCUCUAGUGAUGUCGACCUAUGUAGACAUCUCUACUGUGUUCAAUUUCGACCACAGAGGUCAAUAUGUUGAAAUUUCCCCCGAUAGAACGAAAGCUCGUCGUCAAAUAGGUUUUUGUGAUGGGGUAGUUAUUUCUCAAAGCUUCAUCCGACCAGGCGAAGUGGUAGCUGUCGAAAUUACAGAAACACAGCGAGGUUGGACUGGGGAUUUGAGAGUCGGAUUCACUUUACUACCGGAUAACUUGCUCUUGCCUCUUCCCAGGUUUGCCCUACCUGCUUUGGUUUCUCCAGGUAGAAGUUGGAUUGUACCGGUUGGAACUGCUGUGGCCCUUCUCUUGUCGCAUCAUCAUCAAACUUACUGGAAACGACAGCAAUUAAAAUCUGGUCGUCAUUUGAGUAAAACCAAUAACAAUCCACCCACGUCGUUUGAUUCUGUCAAUAUGUUUUGCGAAAGACAAGUAGAUGUGCCCAGUAUGAACUCAAUCAGUGGUUCUAUCAAUAGUCCAAAUGUUCUGGUAACUAAUUCUCAUAUGGAUAAACAACCUACACAUCUACAAGUUACUUCUCCCUUCUUUUGUGUCUGUUGUCUCCAUACAAAGCGUGGUCGAGUACCACUGAGCCAACUAGUACCAAAUGAGCUAGAACUUGCGCGACCUCCUGAUGUCGAAAAAGGUAGUGUUAUAGCCAUCUACUAUGAACUGGAGCCACUACCUACAGAUGAUUCAUAUGAACAAUGUACAAGUCUUCCGAUAGAUGGAACUAUGAACAUACUUAAUGAUAUUAGCAAUAUUCCGUCUAUAAUACCAGAUGAGAAUGUACAGAACCUUUUGAGGUAUACUUUGAACUCUACCGAAAGUGAAGAGGAUUCAGAUACGGAAAAACUGCUUUUUCUUUUUCGGUUUCAUAUUGUUAUUAAUGGCAUCGACAUGAUUGCAAUAGCAGAAACAGUGGCUAUUUCACCAUCUGAUUUUGAAAAGAAUCUAAUCAGUGUGGACUCCUCAUUUUCACCUGUCAAUGGAGAUGCAAGCAGUAUCAAUUAUAGUGUGACUAACAGUACUAGUGAAACUCCUGAAUCAUUGCCAACUUCUGAUCUUCAUUCUUCCGAUAGUAUCCCUUCUUCCACACCGCGUAUGCGGGCUGUUUUUGAUGUUUAUGGUCAAACUAAAGCAAUUCAAUUGCGGUCGUUACAACAGUAGAAUAAAAAGGUGAAGCAUAGCUAUACAAUCUGUGAUUUUUUAAAAAUAGACUUUGUACAUUUUACUUCAGUAUUAUAAUAUAAAUUAUUUCAGAAAUUUGAUCCCAGGUAUAGAAGUUAAGAAAGUCAUCAAUAAUUGUAGGUUACUAAGCCCGUAAAUAAGUGUAUCAGAUAAUAAAUAUCAGGUGUAACAGUUAUAUUUCCUGUAUUAGUUGUCUAUUUUCCAGUCUACGAAGUACUUGCAAGAAACCAAUUCUAAAAUUAAUCACUAUUGGUAACUUCAUUAUUCGUAAACUCACCUCUAUUUCAGACUACGAUUGUGUUACAGGCUAUAAGUCGUUACACUUUCACUUUAUAUUUUUCCAUAGGAAGGAUUUUUAGUAUUAAGAAAAGUCUUCAGAUUCUACAUAGAGAGAGUGGCGUCGUAAUGUUUGAUGCUUCCGAGUUACUUACCAUAUCUUCGUCAUAUACUGUUGGAAGGGAUGGUAUGUCAUAAGUUAAAUUAACAGUAUUAUAUGGGAAACUAGGUCCUCUAAUCUUCAUUUAAUGUAAACUCUAUUUUAUAUGGGGGUCAUGAACUGAAUUCUUAUGUUUUCAGGUUUUAAAAUUCAUGUUUGGUCUAUUGCUUGAUAUGAAUGCCCAUAUUUCAAGUUGCGAAACGUACCGUUGAAUAUUCAAUGUUGAACUAGGUCUUCUUAAUAAUCAUAUCUUAUACAGUUAUAUUUUAACGAAACGAUGUGGAGUAAUGUUGAUGGAUCCCAUUUAAGAGUUUCUCACACGUACAAUCUGUUAGUCGCGACGUAGAACUCGGUACGUAUGUACAUCGGCUCAAAUCGCCAUACUCCAUUAGCACAGAGAGAUGAAAUUGUCAGGCCGAAUUCCAGUAUAGUGGAGGUAGUAAAUGUAUCAGUGGUAAUAAAAAAGAUUAGGCAUCAAAUAUACAAUUGAAGAAAAUAUAAACUAGUGGAACAGAAGAAAUAUUCUGAGGAAUUUAGGAUCUCAGAACUUGGGGGAUGACAAAGAAUGGGUUCAUUUGCGUCAUUUCAAAUGAUUUUAAAGUAGAUUAUUUCAACCAGACCUUAAAUAAUAAGUUUUAAAUUCUGGUUUUCUUCUUUCUGUACACGUUGUUAAUAAAAUUGAUAGUUUUUAUUCUUAUCAGUAUAAUAGAUUCCUCAUUUUUUGUAUGAUUAUUUUAUAUUAACUUUACAGAAUUCAAUUGCACAAUUAAGCCGUUUAUGCUCGUGUGCUAUUCUACAUCAUAUAUUUUAUAUAUUUCAUUCCAAUCGUUUUCUAAACACUGAAACAUCUAAUUUUGAUUCAGAUAAUUCAUUUAAUAUAUGCUCCAAAUCUAGUAGAAUGCGUAAUUCACCACAAAUGAUUGUUCCAAAUAUGAUGAAAAAUAAUAGGUUUCGGAAAUUAUUUAUUAUGUUAGAUAAACUUCCACUACCUAGAGUUGAGCGACGUCGUUUACAACGUGAUGCUUUUGCUGUAUUAGCUCGAGGAAUUGCUGAUUAACUACGAAUUGUACCCAAGAAGUAUUUCUUAUAUUGUGUAUAUUACAGAAAAGAAAAAAAAGUCACCAAGUGUCUUUCACCAUUAUUAUUUACUUGUCUUAGAUCCGAUCUCCAGUUUUAGCUAUUAUUUUGUAGUGCGCGUUUGUGCUCAUUAGAGGGAGUAAAGCUGUUCCAUGGCGAAGGUGAACAAUAAAAGAGAUUCCAUACAGACUAUUCAAUCUACAUUUCAUUAUAUUUUAAUGUGUUGUUUAUUGCUUCAUUUAUUUAUUUACUUAUUGAAAUCAGAUUUGAAAGGACAUUACCCAUUCGCUUAGUGUUUUAUUUUGCUUGUACACAUUUUUAUUUACUUCGUAUUGUAUACAGAAUAAUUCUGAGUGGUUAAUGGAAACUGUUGAAAAUUCCAAUUUCAAUAUAAAAACUUUUGAAAAAUAGUGUGAUUUUGUUAUCUAGUGUGCUUGUGUAUGCCUGUAUUACUAUAUCUAUUAAACUGAUCAAACUACAUUUGCAAAUAUUACUCAUCAGUGAUUGAUAUUGAUCUAAACAAGUUAUUUUUCUAAAUAAGAAGUUAUACAAAUUGUGUUAUAGAAGUAAUACACAUAUUAGUGAAGUCUAA